AUGAUUCAACUGUUUGAGGCUGUUGCACUCGCUCGUGCACCCUGGCGCCGAGUACGACGAUUUAGGGCCUCGUAUGUGCUUGCCGUAUGGGUUCUGGUCACAUUCUUUUAUAUCCUGUACGAAGUUCAGUACAAGACCGGCAUCGAGCUCGUAUCGUUUGUACCCAUCGAUGACAGCGGCUUCGAAAUCUAUGGUGAGAACGCUUUACGUGACAUCAAAAUCUCCGAAGCGGCACUAACUCAAAGACGAUUUGGAUCGAUUUUGUUCGCGCCUGUUAAUUCGACAUGGCUGCGGCGAUGCGACGCGUCGCAUUUUCUCACAAACAGCGAUCGAUUUUUGGACGAGUACACUCCGUACCACACGAUUUUUGCAGAAUUACCGGAUAGCUAUUUCAAAUUAUUCUGGAAGACACGUUUAGCCCUCUAUUAUGUGUACACCAAUAUCUCUUCAAAUUACGACUGGUACUACAAAUCGGACGAUGAUACGUAUGUGAUUCUGGAGAAUCUUCGCUCCUAUUUGGCGACGUUCGACCCAAAUGAACCGCACUACAUUGGAUUCAGGUUGAAGAGAAGAAUGCCACAACAUGGGUACAACGCCGGCGGAAGCGGUUAUGCUAUGAGUCGAGCUGCCAUGAAAAUUUUCGCCGAGCAACUAUUCCAUAAAAAAUCGCUGUGUCCUUAUCACGAGUGGGAAGAUUUAGCAGUGGCCAGAUGUCUUGCAAGUGUAGGGAUUUAUCCUGUGGAUAGUCGAGAUGAAAAGCACCGACAGCGAUUUCUGCCCUGGAAGCCGGAACACCAUUAUCAUGCCGAUUUGACUAAGUCAUUCCUCAUGGAUCCCAUUGAACACUGGGGACCAUCCAUAUUCCACGAAAAUUUGAUCAGUAUGCAUCACCUUCAGCCGGAAGAGCUGCGUCUCAUCGACGGAUUACUGUAUGGAGUAGCAGCCGGUAUCUGGAAUCGAACGCAGCCGUUGGUGGAAAACACCCUGGAGCCGCCACCACCUUCCUAG